CAGUUCCACUUAAAACAAUUUCCUCUGAUUUCUUUAAGCCGUUACUCCUGGACACUUCAGCUGCUAGUUUGCUUUGUUUCUAUGCCUAAAUAUCUCCUUGCUCAGGAGCUGUCAUUUAUUUUACAAGAUCUUUUUCCUGUGCUGUGUGAGACACUGAGAAUCCAGCCUUUGGGACAAGAAGGGAAUUAAAAGAUGAAGAAAUGGCAAAUGUUUUUCAUUCUGGCCACCUGGCUUCCAAUGCUGUUCGCAGAAAGUUGCAGCGAUAUUCCUAAGGUUGACAACAGCAUUGCAGUUUUUUGGGGUGCUGAUGAGGGAAAACAAGUCACAUACACGUGUUCCAAUGGUUACCAUCUCUUUGGAGAAAAAACUCUUUCUUGUGCGUCUUCCGGGGAGUGGCAUGCACCUGCACCCAUCUGCAAAGCUGUGACUUCCAGAACUUCCGAACCAGGCACAGAAGAUGAAGAAAGUGAAGCAUUAGUAACGGAGGAAAUAAUACAGAGUAUUUCUGCAGCUGUGGUUGAAUAAAUUGCUUCCUGGUCAUUUUAGAGGAGGAGUUAAUCAUUCAGAGAUAAGCAGGUAAUGUCUGGGUGCAGGACGGGCUAGAGUGGUAAAGUCAGAGACACCACUUCAUCGUUCGGUAACCAAAUAGACCCCAGCACAUGCUGCCUCUUGCUGACAAUCAUCUAGAUAUUUAGCCUGGACAGAAAUGUGGUAACUUCCUUGCUAGGUCUGCACAGAAGAGACUGUGACACAAAGAAAGAUGAUUUCACUAAACCCUGCCAUCCCACUGUUACUUGCCGCUGUAUUCGUUGUUGCUGUACACAGUAAUUGUCCUGAACCACCGCGCUUCAAUUUUGCUGAGCUGAAGGAGGACUACAGAAAUACGAAUAACUUCCCUGUUGAUAGUAUAGUGGAAUACAACUGCCGCUCUGGAUAUGUCAAGACGUACAAAUCUUCUCUUCGGUGCAUGGCAAAUUCUCAAUGGACAACCACCUUAGAAUUUUGCAAGGCAAGAACAUGCCCUCACCCUGGAGAGCUAGAAAAUGGCAGACUUAUUAUUCUAACUGAUCUUGUAUUUGGUGCAACUGUAAACUUCACCUGUGAAGAGGGGUACAGACUAAUUGGAACGGCACAAAGAAAAUGUGUGCUUGAAGGAUCACAAGUCACAUGGGACAAAGAGAUUCCAUACUGCCAGCUGAUACCGUGUCUGCCUCCGCCAGACAUAGAGCAUGGGACACAUACUGGGACGACCAUGGAGGAAUUCAACUAUGGAACAUCUGUCACUUACCAGUGUGAUGCUGAAAAGAGAGGACAGGUGCCUUUCUCACUUAUCGGAAAGGCCUCCAUUCACUGUACAACCACGGAUAAUGUCAACGGACACUGGAGCGGGCCUGCCCCUCAGUGCAAAGCCGUUCGGUGUGAACAGCCAAAAGUUAACCAUGGAAAACAGCUGAUUGGAUAUAGUCCUGUCUACACCUACAGAUCCUCUGUUAUGUUUGACUGUGAACACCGUUACACCCUCAAAGGCAGUAGUGUAGUUCGGUGCAACGAAAACAACAGCUGGGAUCCUCCGUUACCAGAUUGUGAGCGAAGUAGCUGUGAUGACCCGCCUGUCAUUCCUAAUGCUUCUCAAGAUCAUUCUCACAGCACAUUGUUUCCAGCUGGGACUGUUGUGACAUAUAACUGUGAGAGAGGUUAUGAAUUAAAACCUGGAAUAUCCUCCGCAAGUGUUACCUGUCUAAAUGAUUUUACAUGGUCAAAACACCAAAACUUUUGUCAGAGAGUUCGAUGUCCAUAUCCAAACAUUCCCAAUGGAAAAGCGACACUUAGGUACGGAUCUAGAAAAGAAGCAUAUGAGUAUGAGGACAGGAUUACCGUGGCAUGUAAUGUUGGUUACGCUCUCAGAAACAUUGAAACACGGUAUAUGUGCCAAGACAGUCGUGAAUGGGGUCCUCCAUUACCAGUUUGUGAACCACUUUGUGAGCGACCUCCAUCCAUCUCUGAAGGACGGCACGAUCGUGGAAGGAAUAGAGUUUUCUUUGUGGGCUCAAGGGUGACCUACUCCUGUAACCAUGGUUGGUCACUUGUUGGAGCAUCCAUCAUUCAAUGUACAGCUGGUGAUGGGGGAAUUCCGCACUGGGACAAACCUACCCCUGAGUGCAAAGAGAUUCUGUGUCCCAUACCGCACAUUGAAAAUGGAACAUUUGAAAUUCAAGAGUUUAGAUUUGGACAUCAAUUCAACCAAAUAAAGUAUAAUUUAGGCGUCUCCAUUAUAUUUAAAUGUAAUCAUGGCUUAAGUCUCAAAGGAAGUAGAAAGAGCAUAUGCAGUGACAAAGGAACAUGGGAUCCUCCAUUUCCGGUUUGUUCCCUUGAGAGGUGUUCCAGCCCACCAAAAGUCGACAAUGCUGACCCAGAAGAAAAGAGAGAGUUUCGGGUUGGUACCAACGUGACCUAUUCCUGUGUAACUGGUUACAUGCUCAUCCCUGGAGUAUCUCCCACCGUGACUUGUCUUCAAAACUUGGAAUGGUCCAAAAUCACAAAGAUUUGUCAGAAGGUCCAUUGUCUGAACCCAGUGAUUAGAAAUGGGAAACAGAUCACUGCACGUGAAAAUGAGACUAUGUAUGGAGACGUGGUUGAAUUUCAAUGUGAUUUUGGCUACAUCCUCAAAGGCAGCAAGUUGAUUGAAUGCCAGGCGAAUGGGACGUGGCAUCCACAAGUGCCGUCUUGUAUUCAGGCUGAGUGUCCAAAGCCAGAGGUGCAAAAUGGAGAAGUGGUCAAUCCGUUAGAUGAAAAAAAGCAGUACAACGUGAAUGAAAGCAUUGCUUUCAAAUGCUCUCCAGGGUACCAGUUUUCUGGCCUUUGGUAUCAGAUGACAACAGACAGCUUGAAUGUUACGUGUUCAGCUAAUGGCACCUGGAUGGUGUUACCUACAUAUUCAGCUAAUGGCACCUGGAUGGUGUUACCUGAGUGUAAGAAGCAAAGUAAUCAACCUGUAUGCAAGAUGGCUCGCGAGAGUGUAAAGUUUCUCCAAUGUGGCGUGCCGCUGACAGAAUUGAUAACCCUUCUGGAAGUGCAGAAACUGUAUCUGGAGAUUAAGAAACUUAAGCAGGACCUUCUAAAACCACAGUGACUAGCUGAAAUCUGUGAUCCAUGACUGUGACAAAUGGUCUCCUUUGGAUGCCGUUUGUAUAAUUACUUUGUACAUGCGAUGAUUGUUACUAUUUUCAGUGAACUUCCGAGUCCCUAGUAAUCCAAGAAGAGAUUAGCCGGUAUAUCAGGAAUCAGAUUUGUUUGUGCUGGGUUCAAUUUUUUUUCUUUUUUUUUCAGGCUCACACAUGUGAGUCCCCAUUUGAUAUAUCAGGGAUUCCAUCCUCUUAUAUAUUUGUGGGGGGUGAAUUCAGUUUCCUUUCCAUUAGGAAAGUGAAAGCAAGUGGAGAGAAAUUAGAUUAAAAUGCAUGAUCAUAAACUUUCAAUUGAUGCAAGCUUUGGACAGGGAAACUUACCCCAACAACUUGGGCCAUUCAGAAAUCAGCCACCUGAUGCACACGGUAUAACCCACACAUAUUUAAAAUAGAGAAUGGCUGUGUAACUGCCUGAUUUCCAUGAACCUUAAGGGCAACUGUUCACAACCCCCUGGCCCACUGAGAAAACAUAAGGCUUUUAAAGGCCUAUUUUCAGCCCUCGCCUCUUAAUACAAAAGUUAACAGUUUUCCUUCCCAAACAAAACAAAUCUGGUUUUGGUUGACAUCAGGGCAAAUCUGGUUUUGGUUGUAGCGUUUCUACGUUCUCACGCACGCUCCCACAAAUAGAGGGUGAACAUUUCACUGUAGAGGAGCAAUCGGCUGAGCCAUUUCCCAGGGCCCAGUCAGGGAGGGGGAAGUUCUCUAACAAGUGUCUUUGUGAUCAGUUAUUUCUGCCCUGCAAGGCUACAAUAAAAGUGCAACUUGUAAAAAC